UUAUCAAAAUUAUCCCAAAAUUUACUCGAAAUUUUAGACGACGAAGAAUAUUAUGAUGUUACAAUUGAAGUUGGUAACGAUCCUUACGUAAAAGUAUUUCGUGCCCAUAUGGUUAUCUUAAAUUAUCGUUCUCCUUACUUGAGAAGAAUUUUGUCAACUAACAAAAGGAAAAAUGAUGGAACUUUAACGCAUAUUAAAUUACCAAGUAUUUUACCCGAAAUUUUUCAAAUAAUCUUAAGGUAUAUUUAUGGGGGAGAACUUACUUUAGAAGAAUAUGAUACUUCGUAUGUCGUUAAAAUUUUGGUUGCUGCUAGUGAACUAAGUCUUCAAGAAUUAAUUCCCCAUUUGCAAUCAUUCUUGAUUAAAAACAAAACAAAAUGGAUAGAACAAAAUUUUAACUC